UGCAGAGCAGCUGAAGUGUUGACUGUGGUUCAUAGGGCAACAAACAGCAGCGUACACCGCCGGGAGACAUCAAUGGUGGAGUACGCGUCCAUUCAGGGAAAGGUCUGAGAGAGACCAUUAUUGGGGCUUACAUGGAGAGCUGAAAGUGAAUAUGAGGCUAACGUCCUUAAUGAUGUACAUAUCUGCGGCUCUGCUAGUUAUUUUGUAUGUAUAUAUUGGAUUUUCUGAAGCUGCACCUCGCAUCAGCCCCUACGAUGCGUCGCCUAUCUCCAGGAAGUCCGACUCAGCCUCCGACACCUGGGAGACCUUCCACACCGACAUGCCUCGUACUUUACCCGAGAGCAGCUUCGCUCUCGGGCCUCUAACCGGACUCACACCGUCGCCUGCCAUUGUUUCUGCUGGCCCGAUCACCACUACUAGUCCUGUUUCUAAACCUGCAACCACCCUUCAGCCUCCAACAACGGACCCGACCACCACCACCACCACCACCACUACUGCCGCCCCUGAUACUGGAAUAAAAUCAGCCACGAACGAACAAAUAUCGCCGCAGAUUUCCAGAUCAAGCAGCGCACGCAAACGAUCCACCGAUGCACAAACCUCACUUUUUGCUCCCGAGAAAACGCUGCAGACCAUGGUGUCCAUGGUUUCCCAGCGCACAGCGAACGAUGCCUGGGCUGCAGAUAAUAUUGGCACAUCUGUUACCUCAGUAGAGAAUAGCCAAGAGGGCAUUUGUAACUGCAGCAGCGGUGGUGAGGGCAUUUUGGAUCCGGAAGAGUGUGAUCAGAGCACCGGUCAGUGUUCCUGUAUGUCAGGCUACACUGGUCUGCAGUGUGAGGACUGCGAGGACGGACACUUCAUCAACGGCACAAACAGCUGCCUGCCUUGUGCCUGCGACUCAUUUGGUGCAGUGAACCACCUCUGUGACAGCUCAGGAAUAUGUCUGUGCAAGACGGGAGUGUAUGGACCAAAGUGUGAUGAAUGCUACCCGGGGUUCUUCCGCUUCAGCAGCACCGGCUGCCAGCCCUGCCAGUGUCACAACCACACCAACUACUGCCAUCCACAGUCUGGACUGUGUGUGGACUGUGACGGUAACACCCAGGGAUCCAACUGUGAGGAGUGUAAGCCUGGUUUCUACCGCGGCUCUGGAACUGCCCUGAACGAAGCCUGUGCACCAUGUCCCUGCUCCAACUCCACCUCCACUGGCACCUGUCACACCGAUCCCAGUGGCUCCCCAGUAUGUGACCUGUGCCUUCCCCGGUACAGCGGCUCACAGUGUGACAAGUGCAGCGCCGGCUUCUACAAAGCAUCUGAGGUUUGUGUUCCAUGUGACUGCAGUGGGAAUGCAGACCCUCAGGGCCCCACCCAGCUGUGUGACCCCGACACUGGCCGCUGCCUCCGCUGCAUCAACAACACCACGGGGCUCCAGUGCCAGCUCUGUGCUCCAGGCUUCAUCGGGGACGCCAAAGCACAUAACUGCACCCGUCCAACAUCCCGGCUCAUUCCCACGCCAGCAGAUACAACUACAACAGCACAGGAUCCUACAUCAACCACAUCGCCCCCCUUCAAGCCCAACACCAGCCUCACUUUAACCUCCUUUAGAUCAAGAGGCGUCCCAGCCGCGACAUCCAGCAGCAACAUGAGCACCGUGCUGAGCACUGCAGCCACCACCCAGCUGACCAGCCUCAGCAGCCCCACUGACAACACCACGGCAGCCCUGACGGAAGUCUCCUGGACACAGUUCAACAUUAUCAUCCUGGCUGUCAUCAUCCUGGUGGUGCUGCUGCUGCUGGGCUUCGUUGGAGGUGUGUACACCUACCGGGAAUACCAGAACCGCAAACUCAACGCCCCCUUCUGGACCAUCGAACUUAAAGAGGACAACAUCAGCUUCAGCAGCUACCACGACAGCAUCCCCAAUGCUGACGUGUCAGGCCUGCUGGAGGAUGAAGCCAACGAGGUCGCACCCAACGGCCAGCUGGCACUCACCACCCAAGGCAACUGCUACAAGGCUUAGCAUUCCAUCCAUCCUUCCCGAGACUGGACACCUAGAUUUACAGAUGACACAAAGCUGCUGGAAAGUACCAAAUCCAAAGCUCCUUCAUGUAUGACUGCUUGUUGUUAACCCUGUUGGCGUUGCACUUCACUUUGCAAACUGACAGUGAGAUCAAGCAGAUGUGAUCAAAGAUAUGGAAAAGAGACGCAGAGUUUCCACUUGAAAAAGGUCCUCUUUUUUUAUAUGAUUUUGUGUGGAAUGGGCGAUCACUGAAAUGGGUCCAAAGAAAAAAAAUAUUUUGUUUAAGUUUUGCCUGUAGAAGGCACUGUUGUCCAGAAUAGGAGGAUAAUUGGCAUAAGACAAGCACAAAGCAUACACCUGUCUGCUGAAACAGUGAUCCUGGAAGUGGUAAGAGGAGCCUAGCAUUUCAGAUAUUUUUAAAAUGGACUUCUGACUGUUUAAGUUAUAACGUGAUCACUUGAACAGUGAUCUGAAACUGAGACAAUGAUUGUUAUUUAAUUAAUUUUUAUUCAGUUCUUAUUUAUUGGUUGAUGUGUCAUUCUCGGGAGAAAUGCUGCACAUGUAUGAUGUGUUUUUUCAUGGUGUUUUAUCUAACGUGCUGUCAAAUGGUAAUUUGAAUUGGCCAGUAUGUUUUCAUGUAUAGUUUGUUUUGGAGAGAGUCAUAGGGCAAGGUGAAAGCUGCUGGCACAGGCAUUUUGAUGACCUCAUCUUUUGUUUAUAGCUUCCUGUCUUUUGUUAAAGCGUGCCAGCUCACCUGAAGUAUCUAAGAGGAGUGUUUCUUUUCAAGAACCUGCGACUAACACUAAUAAACUCUCACCACUUGGCACUACUGUAGGGUAGUGACUCAUACUAGGCUUGCAUAAGCUGCAGUAAAAUUCUCUUAAUCUAAUCAGCCCUUUGCUCAGCAAAAGUUGAACUAAUCAUUUGAAAAAUCACAUUUGUGUAAGGGUUGGUCUCUAUGACUCAGAUGAGAAGACCAGUUUGAUAUCUAAACAUAAACAGUAUUCUAGCAAUAAUACUGAGUGAAACCAGCCUGCGUCAGAGUGCAUCAGUGAAAACCGUGUUGCUGUAAAUCUGAUGUGCUUCAAAGCUUCACACCUGAUCCUGGACAUGUUUUCUGUGUUGUUUAGGCUACCGUUGGUUGGGUGCGCUUCGUUUUACCAUGGUGAAUGAGUAAAGUUAAUUAUGAAACUAACUCCUCAGGUACUGGCUCUUUCCCUAAUGUGAUCACUGUAAAUAUGACUAUUGUACAGAUGAAUGUGAAUAGUAGCACUAUUAUUGUACAGGUAGUAUACUGUGUGUACACUGUCACUCAACAAGCUCCCGACCUUUCACUCUAGGGUGUGAUGUUGCAAUCAGCCCACAGCUUUUUGUAUUUUUACUUUUAUUUCUAAUUCUCAGUGGACUUUGCCAUAUACACAGCUGCAGGACUUAAACGCACCACCCAAAACUCAAAACAAAGAAUAAAAUGCUGUAAAUAACACCCCUAAGUCAGAGCGCGACUCUCAAAUAAAACUGGGUUUAACUGUU